AGUCCCCUCUCCUGGCUUUAAUCCAGCAGUUCAGUUUGCAGCAAGCACGUUGUGCAUUUAAACCCCCACCCCUCCACUUCCAAACAUCUUACACAUGCCGGACGGCUGCAGAAACGAGCAAGAAGAAGACAGAAGUAAAGAGUAUAAUUAAAAUACAGGACAACAGGCAGAACUGUUCUCAUGCAAAACAUACGUUCAUUUGCAGAGGGGAACCCUCUCUACACCGAGACCUCGGUGGAUUUGUUCCCUUGGUGCGAUGGAACUGACGAGUUCGUGAAUUGCAUCGUUUGAUGAAUAAAAUAUUUGCAGUUGGGCUGCAGGAGAUCCUGAUGACUGUUGCUGUUGGCAUCUCUCACUGUCGCUGUCAGCAGCGGCUGUAAAUUACGAUUUCCAACAUCUGCAGUAUUUUAUAUUUUGUCUAUUCAGUAUCCUUUGGUAAAGAGUAAGACCGAAGUUCAUGAGUUCUCCCAGCCUCAGCGACCUGGGCAAGAGCGAGCAAGCAGCCUUGGAGGAGCGGGGAACCCAGCAGAGACGCGCCGGCUCCAACGCCACCUGGAACAGCAUACAGCAUGCUGUAAUCGCUGUGUUCCAGCGGAAAGGUUUACCCGAUAAUGAACUUUAUAAUCUCAACGAGGGAGUCAGGCAAUUGUUGAAAACUGAGCUUGGAUCAUUUUUCACUGAAUAUCUUCAGAAUCAGCUCCUAACCAAAGGCAUGGUGAUUUUGAGGGACAAAAUUCGAUUUUAUGAAGGACAGAAAUUACUCGACACCGUAGCUGAAAUUUGGGAUUUCUUCUUUUGUGACAUCCUUCCUAUGCUCCAGGCAAUAUUUUACCCUGUCCAGGGAAAGGAACCCACUGUCCGACAGAUAGCUCUGCUGCAUUUCAGGAAUGUGAUCACGUUAAACGUGAAACUAGAAGACGCUUUGUCCCGGCCACGUGCAAGGGUCCCACCUUCACUCAUUCAGAUGCUGCUUAUAUUGCAGGGAGUUCAUGAAUCUAAGGGAGUGUCAGGAGAUUAUCUGCGAUUGGAGUUGUUGAUACAGAAGGUGGUGGCUCCAUACCUGGGAACAUACGGUUUGCACACAGGGGACGAACAUGUUACACACUCAGCAUGUUUUCUGGAGAAACGAUUCUAUCCACGCUGUUCGAAAUCAAAUGAAAUUCUGACCAAGAAUCCAGUGGUGCGCUCAAAGAGCUACAACAAUCCAAUGUUAACCCCAGUUGCAGAAUAUGAAAGCGAAGGAAGUCUGGUCAAUGGCACAAGUAUCAGAAGGCACUCUGUAUCAGAAAUGACAACUUGCAUCGAGUCUGAAGGCUUUUUAAAUCUCAGCCCCUGUGUCACUACCCCCACUAUAGACCCAAUGUCUGUCAUGACUGCCACAGCAGCACGGAACCACUUGCCUGGAGAGCAAGAGCGAGCUAGCAUACGAACAAUAAGUGAACUUCUCCAGUGCAAGACUAUGAGCGAACCCAUCAUCAGCCAACAGCAGGAUCUUUUCCAUGUUCAGGAUCCCAGAGAUGACCAAGACAAUGCCUUUGAGUUGUCAAGUAGCCCCUCCUUGAUACCUGCAGCAUCAUCCAGCCCUGAAAGCACAGGAGACAACAUUUUGGAAUCAGUCGGUACAGACUCAGAGGGGAUUUUUCUUGAUUUUGGCCAUAGAUGUUCAGAGACGCCAACAUACAGCAGAGAAAUGAGCAGACAAAGUGUGGUGUGACAUUAAAAACAGCAAAACUAAUAAUGUAGUGCUGCAAUAAAAGAAACCCCCAAAAUCACAGCCAAGCUGUAACUGUUGCACUGCCAGUUAUUAAACGCUGAAGUGUUUUUAAAUUCAUCAAAUUGAAGGGAAGGAACAUUUCUGAUAUAUGAUCCGAAUUUGAAGUAUGAACCUAGAAUCCUAGAAUGUAUUGUUAAGACCAGCAACAUUUAAUGUCUGCAGCAAAUUUACUUGCGCUUAAGAUACACUUGUUAUAAUUUAUAUAUUGAAUGGCAGCACCACAUCCAGCCUGAUCCAACAUAGAGGGGCAAACUCCUCAUUUUCUCAUUUCUUUCCCCUCGACACUCCAUUAAUCUUUGGCUUUGCAGGGCUGCUAAAGACUGCAGAAGUAUUUCUGCAGUACACAGUCUCUGAUAAUAUUGUUUUAGGUUACCAUGAGUUAUUGCUUUCUCUGGAUCUGUGUUGUUGCUACAUUUGCAGCUUAUGGCAGCUUUACAGAGAAGCAGAGCAGUAGAUCUUAAGUGACAGAAAGAGGUGAAAAUAUGAAUGAAGUAAUUUUUUAAAAAACAGGAUUCAAAGAGUUAAAUUUCCUACUUCUCAAUAAUAGCACCAUUGAGUACUAAGAGCCAAUGGUGUUGAUUUUAAAAAUAAUAUUCAGAUGAUGUUUCCCAAUUUAGACAUUUUGUGAACAAUGUGCAUUCACAUGUCACGUUCCUUUACCCAUUGCAAAUCACAAAAGAUGCCCUCAUUUACCAUGUAUUUCACAUAGUCUGCAAUGAUUCAUGCUUUAGAUCUUUGAUUUGUGGAUUUUUUUAAUGCUCGUGAUUUAUGCGAUAAAUUUAAGUAGCCAUCUAUCUGGAUAAACCUAUUGCGUGAAUUGUGACUAUUAAGAAAAAACUGAGUGCUGAGCCGGUGAUUAAAAUCUACUGAACUGCCUGGGAAAUCUUACACCAAGAGAUAUCUGAGCUGUUAGUGUUUGAAACUUUUAAAUUGCUGGUUAGAAGCUGCUUGAGGGCAACAUCAUGAUUUGCUUUACACCAGCUUCACGAAUGGGACCUGUCGGACUGAGGAAUUAACAUAAAGGAAGUCCUGUACAAAUUGAGUGUUCCAGACUUAACCAGCCAUUCAGUAACAAGGGGGGUUGAAAGAUGCUGAUAUGUGCUCUGAUAUUUCUCUUUACAGAAGAAAUCAAUAGAAUCGGCUUCUCCUGUUUUGAAGUGCUAAUCUCAUUGCGGCUGUAGUUUGAAGAUUCUGUUUCAGUGCUGAGGGAUCCCACAUGGAUUACCCACGUGAAAAAACUCUUUGUAAUUUGAAUGUAACAUAAGGGUGAGGAAAGAGAACAAUUCCCCACACAGGUUUUGUUCACGGAAUUUUGAGCAAGAAUCUAGAAAUGGGUCAGUCCAGUUUUACCCUGCUCAGCCAUCCCCAAAGCAAAGGCCAAUAUAUAAAGAUAACCUGGAUAAUUUAUUAAUCCAUAAGGCAAUACAGAAAACCUGAACACAAUCAAGCAUUGAUUCUGGUGCACCAACCAAUAAGAGCAGUUACUAAAGCAAUAAUUAAGUCUGUCAAUUCAGCAGUGGGGAGCAGUUGGGAAGGGAUGUGGGUUGAUUACCAUGCCACACAGAGAUAGCAUUUUACCAUCUCAUCCUUUUCUUGGAGACUCUACAUUCAAAAUUUUCCGUAACUUGCUUUAUCAUUUUUUGCCUCUAAAGGUUAUAAACAGGAACCCCUAUUCAUUUCUUAAUCAUUCUUUUUUAUCCUGUUCACCUCCUACGCUGUACUCUCUGAAGGUGUUGACUGUUUUCUCAGUGCCAGGCAGCCUCUGAUACAUAAUUCAUUUCAGCCUACUUGACAAUGGAGGCAUUACCACCAACCCCAUCGCUGUCUCACCAGGUAUAGAUGGCAAUCAAGAACACAAUCUAGAGGUGCUAAUCCCAACUGGAUACAAUUACACCAAUUAAAAUCAUUUAACUCAGCUGAGACUGCAAAUCAAACCUGGAACUCUCCUGGCUCGUCUGACUGCACUGUUCACUGGUUAAACUUGCUGAGCCAUCAGUAGAGUGGGUAAUGGAGUCUUGAUGCCAUUGUUGACUGCACCGUGUAGGCGUACACUUAGAUUUUGGCAACUAUUUUUUUCUGUUGUCUGACACUAUUUUAUUCUACUACACUGAAGUUGCAUGACCUACCACUCAUCCUAUUCAGUAGAAAUCUGUUACAAUAAAUAAAUGCAGUAGAGACCAGUUAACAGACACUGUUAAUGAAAAUAAUAGUUUAAGGAACCUUUGUUUAUUCCCAUUGCAUUCUACAAGAUUUGUUCAAUAGAACCAUUGGAUAUAGGAUAUGUGUGUGUUUUCCUUAACGUGGGUGCGCUCCAUUAUGAGGCUUACAUACUUGUAUUUACAAUUGUAAACUGUUCUGUAGAUAUAAUACCACAAGAUCCAUGAAUAUUAAUGAACAGUAAAUCUUAAUUUUCUU